AUGGCCCGCCCUCCGUCUAAUGCAUCGAGUGUAUACAGUCGCUCGCCAGGCACACCAAGACCACACUCCUCGACGGCUUUGCCUGCCCCCCGGGAUGAUCUUCCCGAGAUUACACCACUGGACCAUCGGAUCUUUGUGGCGGGGAGAACGACCAUGGCAUUAGAGACGAGAAAGGCACACCUCAGAAGAACAAAGGAAGUGGUACGAUCUCCGCCGGACCCGACUUCUGAAAAGCGGAGCCAGCGCGAUCAGCAAACUCACGAAAAUGAUUUCUACCGCACCUGUUGCGCGAAUUUCUGCCAUCUAGCGACAGCCGUGGUUGACAUCACACAAAAGCUUGUAUUGGAAGAACUCAGUCAAUGCACGCUUAUGCCGGGCUACAUUGGCUCUCUGGGCAGCCUUGGACGCAUCGAGGGUAGAGGAGGAUAG